AUGUGCAACCACCACCGCGACGUGCUCGAUGCUAUCCGCGCCGAGGAGGAAGAGGCAGCCGCCGUCCAGGCUCAGGGUCAAGACCAAGAGAACCACGAGGCCCCUCCCCGCUCCGAGUCGCCCAAGGAGGACUCGUUCGAGAUCCCCGACAACCGCGCCGACCUGGACGAGUCCAAGGCCACGGACCAUGGCCCCCUCGAGCAUGAGCACACGCCUUACUUCUCGUACCAUACGGAGAAGGCAUUGAAGCUUGAGGACAACAAGUACCUGGCCCACGAGACACACACUCCCUCCAAGCCCCUCGCUGGCCUGCCCACCCUCCCCAAGAACAACAAGGCCGCCAUGCUCUUCGACACCACACCCGAGAACCUGCGCAAGCUCGACGCCGACGCAGGCAUCUUGGAAGAGUCCAAGGCCGAGGAGAACACGAAGCCCAACUUUGCCCCCAACGACGAGAUCACCCUCGAACUCCAGUCGCUCUACACCAACUUCCAAAAGUGUCUCGACCUCCGUGAAAAGUACAUGAAGGUCUCAUGCCAGCGCGUCGGUGAUAACCCCAUCGACAAGGACGACUGGGUCAUCUACCCUCCUCCCCCACCCCCUUCCUGGCCCAUUACCGAGAACAAGGGCCGCGUCACCGAUGGUCCUGACAGCAUCGGAAGUGACUUUGUCCGCGAAGAAUGCAAGAUACCCGGUCCUUGCGACUUUGUCUAUGAGAUGGACGACACCGGUGUUUACCAGGUCUAUGAGAGCCAGGAUCACCAUGCCAAGAAACAACCCAUUGUCCAAGUGCCCAAGCCCAAGGAGUAUUUCCAGGAUCUGGACUUUGUCCUCUCCGUGAUCUCGGACGGCCCCACCAAGAGCUUUGCCUUCCGUCGCCUCAAGUACCUCGAGAGCAAGUGGAACAUGUACAUCCUUUUGAACGAGUACGAGGAGUUGGCCGAGGCCAAGCGUGUGCCCCAUCGUGACUUUUACAAUGUCCGUAAGGUCGAUACUCACGUCCACCACAGCUCCUGCAUGAACCAGAAGCAUUUACUCCGCUUCAUCAAGUCCAAGAUGCGCAAGACCCCCAAGGACGUCGUUAUCUUCCGUGACGGCAAGGACCUUACCCUAGAGGAGGUCUUCCAGUCCUUGAACCUCACCGCCUACGACCUCAGCAUCGACACCAUGGACAUGCACGCUCACAAGGACUCGUUCCACCGGUUCGACAAGUUCAACUUGAAGUACAACCCCAUUGGCGAGUCCCGUCUCCGUGAGAUCUUUAUGAAGACUGACAACAAGAUUCAAGGUCGCUACCUGGCCGACAUUACCAAGGAGGUCUUCUCGGAUCUGGAGCAGAGCAAAUACCAGAUGGCUGAGUACCGUAUCUCGAUCUACGGUCGUGCCGAAAAUGAGUGGGAUAAGCUGGCUGACUGGGUGGUCAACAACCAGUUGUUCUCGCCCAACGUUCGUUGGUUGAUCCAGGUCCCCCGUCUGUACAACGUCUACAAGGCUACCAAGACGGUCGAAAACUUUGAGCAAGUCAUCUCGAACAUCUUCAAGCCUUUGUUCGAGGUCACCAAGGACCCUACCAGCCACCCCAACCUCCACAUCUUCCUCCAGAGAGUCAUUGGUUUCGACUCUGUCGAUGAUGAGUCCAAGGCCGAGCGUCGUAUCUACAAGAAAUACCCUUACCCCCGCGUCUGGAACACUGCCAUGAACCCUCCCUACAGUUACUACAUCUACUACAUGUUUGCCAACAUGACCUCCCUCAACCGUUUCCGCCAGCAGCGUGGCUACAACACGUUCGUGUUCAGACCUCACUGUGGUGAAGCAGGAGACACUGAUCACUUGACUUCGGCCUUCUUGACGUCGUUCGGUAUCUCUCACGGAAUCUUGUUGCGCAAGGUCCCCGCCCUCCAGUACCUGUUCUACCUGACCCAGAUGGGUAUCGCCAUGUCGCCACUGUCCAACAACGCCCUGUUCCUGGACUAUGAGCGCAACCCCUUCCCAGCUUUCUUCCACCGUGGUCUCAACGUCAGCUUGAGUACUGACGAUCCCCUCCAGUUCCAUUUCACCAAAGAGCCCCUCAUCGAGGAGUACAGUGUUGCUGCCCAGAUCUGGAAGUUGUCGGGAGCAGAUAUGUGCGAGAUUUCAAGGAACUCUGUGGCCCACUCUGGUUUCGAGAACAAGAUCAAAAAGCACUGGAUCGGCAAGAAGUGGUACCUCCCCGGUGUCCAGGGUAACGACAUGGAGAAGACCAACGUCCCCAACAUCCGUGUUGCCUUCCGUCACGAGACCCUCCGGGAGGAACUCGAUAUGCUCCAACGCUACUCUCAGUUGGCCCAUCCUCCCAUGUUCACGACCGCCCAUCUCGAUUUGAGCAAGCGCAUGGCGUCUAGUGCUGCGUCACCUGCGCUUUUCGCGUUCGCUAGUGCUCAUGGCGGAUCUGCUACGCCCAACUCUCCCUUUGCGUUGAACCCUCAGGCCAGCAGCAGCUCGGUGUUGAGUGAGAUCUCAGAUAUGAACUUGGUCCAAACCCACCCGCAUUUGCCUAAGGCUUCAAUGGAUACUGUCUAUGAGACUGAUGGUGGAUUGCACACUAAUGUGAUGACGGUUGCGCAUCAAUUGGGGAUGCUGUCUGUCGUCGCUGGUGUUUCAGAGAUGGCUGAGCGUGCUGCGGCCAAGAAGCGCGAGAGGAAACGUCUUGCGGCUGAGCAGAAGAUUGAUGGGGAGGAGUUGGAUUCCAAGGAGUAG